AUCACUCCGUAAACACCCCUCUGUACCCCCGGUCUCGCCCAGCCCGCUGUUCCCCAAGCUCCUGUCCAAGUCCAAGCCACCCCUGCAGCAGGAACCUGCUACCGAGAGGCGGCGGCCAUCCCGGGGUGGGGGCGCGGCUAGGCCCCGCCCCGGCCCCUGCAACUCGACCCCGGCUGCGACCCCCAGCUCUGACGUCUCGGAAAAUUUCCCCCUGCCCAGGCCCCCGGGGGGGGGUGCAUGGUAUGAAAUGGGGCUGAGACCCCCGGCUGGGGACAGAGGGACCCGCCAGAGAACGUUUACAACGAGCAUCCAUGGACCUGUGGAACUGGGAUGAAGCAUCACCACAGGAAGUGCCCCGGGGGAGCAGGCUGUCGGGGCUGGAAGGAGCGGAGCUGGGCUUCUAUUUCCCUGAACCGGCGCUCCAAGAGGCCACGCUGACAGUGGAGACCUGCUGGAAAGGUUGCUGUGGGGUGGGACCCGUGAGAGCUGGGGAAGAAGGGCUCCCACAGCUGGACUGGGGCUCCGCAUUACCGCACCCAGAAGCCCCAUGGGAGGCGGAGCACGCCCCUCAGGCUCUUUCUUGGUCGGGAGAUUGGACAGACCUGGCGCACACGGGCUCGGACCCUUGGAGCCGCGUCCCCCGGGCCGCGGGCCCCCCCCAUCCUGGCCUGGGCCCCACCCCUGUCGCUGGUUCCGAAGGGGCGGCGGGCCAAAACUGCAGCCCCCCGGCCGGAGGGGCCGGCUCGUGGUGGCGCGUCCAGGCCGCCGCCAGCUCCACCAGCUGGGACUGUUCUGUGGGCUCCGACGGCGCCGCCUCCUGGGGCCAGGGCCCCGGCGAGGAGCCGCGCGCCGACUACACCCUUUCGUGGGGCGGGCCUGCGGGCUCGGACCACACCACCUCCUGGGAUUUGGGGCUGCACACGGAUUGCACCACCGCUUCGAAGGGGUACCAGAGUUCACAUCUCACCACUCCCUCCGAACCCAGCCAGCAGUCGGACCGCGCAACUUUGGCUUAUUACCCCAAAACUAACCCCCGAGGUCCCAUUCAGCUGUGGCAGUUCCUCCUGGAGCUGCUCCAAGACGGGGCGCGUAGCAGCUGCAUCCGCUGGACGGGCAACAGCCGCGAGUUCCAGCUGUGCGACCCCAAAGAGGUGGCGCGGCUGUGGGGCGAGCGCAAGAGGAAGCCGGGCAUGAAUUACGAGAAGCUGAGCCGAGGCCUGCGCUACUACUACCGCCGCGACAUCGUGCGCAAGAGCGGUGGGCGCAAGUACACGUAUCGCUUCGGUGGCCGCGUGCCCGGCCUAGCUUAUCCCGACUGCCCGGGGGACGGACAGGGAGCAGCGACCCAAUAAAAACAUCCCGUCAAAUCUC